AUGGAGGACAAGACCAAGUCCGAUAAGAAGGCCCCGUUCACAAAAGUGCCGAAUCCGGCUAUUCGUAACUACUUUGACAAGGAUCAUGAAAAUGCCGAGAAAUAUAGCACAGAUCCAGAUCCACCUGGAAGAUGGAAUUUGAUGCCAGAGUAUCCCGCCACUGAUGAGAUCUUGGGCUUUGAGAGAGAGGGAAUCACCCUUCCUUUCAACAAGAACACUGGAAAAUGGCAAUCUGCAGAUAUCUACUUAGGUACGUAUUUUAAUCUCAUCCGAGAAGAGGCAGUCUCUCCCCUCCGAGAGGCCGUUGUCGAGGUCCGAAAAAAUCCCAAGACACUAGAUACUAGCGAGUUCUGGGUUUAUGAGAAAGUGUACCUCACCCAGGUAGUCUUGUCAGAUCUUGGACUUGGGUUCCGCAUGCAGUUCUCGACAAAGCGCGCCGGUAAAGAUGUACGCUGGGACAGCUCUCCUCGUCUUACUCCUGGAUCUCUGCUUGCAUUAUCACCUAUUCAAGACUCAUUUGCAAGCAAGUGUAUAGUGGCCACCGUUGCUGCACGUGCAGACGAAGGCCUUAACAAGUCUCCUGCAGAGAUCGAUAUCUUUAUUCCUGAUCAUAAGGAUUCGAUCAUUGAUUCUCAACAGGAGUGGAUCCUAGUAGAGGCACGUUCUGGGUAUUAUGAAUCGAACAGACACACGAUGGUUGCGCUCCAGAAGCUUUCGAAAGAAAAGUUCCCAUUCAGUAAGCAUGUUUGUCGCUUGGAUCCCGACGUUGGCGUUCCGGAGUAUGUCAAGGAAAAUCCAAUCAUGGAUUUCCGAUGCUUGACUCCUGAUGCUGAUGAAGACACGAAAUUUAACGUCAUUGAAGAUAUGCCCGCUCAUCUCAUGGAGGGUAUACUAAAUUCUUCUCAGCAGAAGGCUCUCCACAAAAUGUUGACUCGACAGCUUUCAAUUGUUCAAGGACCACCAGGAACUGGUAAAACUUUUCUUUCUGUUAUCACAAUGAAACUGAUUUUGUCGCAAAUGACCAAUGGUGAUCCGCCUGUGAUCAUUGCUGCGCAGACUAAUCAUGCUCUGGAUCAGAUUGUCAUGCACAUCUCCGAAUUUGAGCAGAACUACGUUAGAAUGGGAGGACGUAGCUCUAACCUCGCUAUCCGCAAGCACCAAUUGAACUCAGUAAAAAAGUCGCAACCGCAGGUACUGCUAAGCGGUGGAUCUCUUGGUCCGGCCAAAAAGGAAAUGAAAUAUCUUCAACAACAAAUUGUGAAGUUUUUCAGGUCCUUCCGAGACAAUGGCGAGCAGCUUAUUGCGGCUUCUGUCUUUGUUGAAUAUGGCUUACUGACAAAGGAACAACUCAUAACUCUGCCGUCAUAUAACAACCCAUGGGUAGCUUGGCUCAAGAACCAGGUCUUUGAGUUCCAUCCCAAGGAAGACGCAUCCAAUUUCUCAUCUUCCGAAAAGUUGGAUUCUGAUCAGGAGUAUAUGAAGUUCAAGAAGCUUGUCGCGGGCCAGACAGAGUUGCAACAAUCCGACCGUCUUCAUGGCAUAACCGUGGACUUGAAGAAGACAUUCAGCGGACAGGGUGGCGAGCCCAUGUCCGACGAAUCUAUUCUUAGAUACAUUAAGUGCCCUGACUUACGAAGAGUCCCACACGAGGCACGCGGAAAUAUUUACAAUCUGCUGCGCCGUCAACUUUUCGAAAUUCUCCAUGCCAAGUUUGGAGAAAUGGCCGGUCGCUACAAAAAGCUCACUCAAGCCCUUCGGAUUGGAAAAUGGGAAAUUGAACAUGAAACCCUCGUAGGCGCGAAGUUUGUUGCACUGACAACUACCGGGUUGAGCAAAUACCGAGGCCUCAUUGCUAGCCUUAAGCCUCGGGUUAUUUUGAUUGAAGAAGCAGCGGAAGUCACGGAAGCUCCAGUAGCCGCGGCAUGCUUUGAAUCAUUGCAGCAACUGAUCCUCGUGGGUGACCACUUCCAGCUGAAAGGUGUCUGCGAGGUAAAAGAUCUCACUGGGAAGCCGUUCUAUUUAGAUAUGUCCAUGUUUGAGCGCCUUGUUGGAAACAUGAUGCCAUUUUCUGUCCUUCGUGAACAGCGUCGAAUGGCUCCAGAGAUACGGGAGCUUGUGGAGCCAAUCUACGGCCGACUCUACGACCAUAUAUCAGUCACCGAGUACGAUCCUGUGCCCGGAAUGGGAAAGGCUCGCGCAUGUUUUUUUAACCAUCGUUGGAUUGAAACAGGUGAUGAUCUGGCAUCCAAGUUAAAUGAAGCCGAAGCUGAAAUGGUGGUGGAAUUCUUUAUCUACUUGCUGAAGAAAGGGGUCUCACCAAUAAAAAUUACCAUCAUGACUCCUUAUGAGGCCCAGCGAAAGACGAUCUGGAAGCUGUGCAAAUCUCGCCCUUACACGAAUCACUUGAAUCCCAACAUCGUUACUGUCGAUUCUUAUCAGGGUGAAGAGAAUGAUAUCGUUUUGCUUUCUCUUGUUCGAAACAACAACAAUGCGUCACUUGGGUUCCUUUCACAGGACAACCGAAUUUGCGUUGCCAUAUCUCGAGCCAAGCGUGGGUUUUUCAUUUUCGGCAACAAGAACUUUGUUCAAGCACACAGUCCUCUGUGGCUUAAAGUUAUCUCCAUCCUGGCCAACAGAGGCCAUAUUACUGAUAAAAUGCCCCCGGGCUGCAAACAAUUCAAUGAAGUUCCGGGUGGUAGACCCCGUUUCCCGAAAAUUGGUUCAAGUGAUAGCAGCAUUAGCAGCGAUACUGGCGAUAGCAGCGAUACUUUAUCCGCACCGCCAUGCACAUUCGUAUUUCGUUGCUGUCACACCUAUUGCGGGCUAACGGAGCCACACGAUCAUGAAUGCGUCUGCUGGGAGAGCACGAAAGAAUGUGGCGGAAAUGGUACUUUGGAAACUAUCGACCCCGAGGAGAUGCAAAUUGUCACCCUCUGGAGCAGACCUGCAAGUCCCGUUUCGAAUUCAGUCUCCACCGAAGAGAAUCCGAAACUCAGUCCGUUCGGUUAUGUUGGGACUGGACGCCAUCUCUUUAUCCAAGGCGGCAAAGAAAAGCGCAAAAAGAAAAACAAGAGCCCUACUGGAGAGCAGUGCUUCACUCGGAGAGGACGCCACACUCAGCCUAAGCGUAGCACAGCACCGGGCCCUACUCAAGAAGAUCACCAACAGCACCAUACCCGAAACGAUCCCAAACAGGCUGGCCCCAAGAGAGGUAGACCUUCACGCCAGAAUAGCGGCUAUCACCCAACAUGUUCUCGUGGUAAGGCCUGGAUGGACUUUGCCCAAGGUGGCGCCCAGAAAAAUGAUGAGCUCUUGAAGAAAGAGGCUCUGGCUAAGUUUCAGGCUUCCAAAGCGACCGGGCCCAGGGUGCUUGUCCCGCUUAAAGUUGUGCACGUGGAGUCAUAUGAGAAAGCGGCUGCAAAGGCCUGGCAGUUGGAUCAUAACUCCCAGCCCAUAAUCCACUUGCAUAAGUCCCAGAAAUCUGAGUUGGACAGGCCUGAGAAACAGGAGGCCAAGCAGCAGGAAAUCAAAGUCCAGGAUACCAGCCCCAAGGAUAAUCAAUCACAGCUUCCAUUCCAGGAUGAUACGCCCGAAGUGCCCAACCCAUUUGAUAGACUGUCGACAUUCCACAAGUCGAUGGCUAUUGCUAAACAGCCUAAAUCUAAGGGAAAGCUCAUCGAUGAUUUGCCCGAAUUCCCGAACCCGAAUCCUGUCAACACAGCUAGCCAUAUAAUGGAUUUACCUAAUGAGCAAUUGUUCUUCUGCGCUUCUCUCCUGCCAGUGCACAACGGUCAAGAUCGCUCUCCUAUGAACUUGAUGGAUGAUCCUGUGCUUUUUGAUGGUGAAGUUGGAGGUCCGAGCCCAUUACUACCCGGUACAUUUGGCGGUUCGAUUCCAAUGGCAGUCAAUGAAGGUGAUGGUCUGAACCAAGUGCCCAUCGAUAAAGUUGACGACUUGAAGCCUGUCACUACCGGAGUUGACGACCUCGUUGACUUGGGCUGGGUACCUGUGAUUCUCCUCGAUCUUUAG